AUGGGGAAAGGUGGAUCUGUUAGCGAUGGCGUAAUGAAAAAGAUCCUGUUAUCCUACACCUACGUAGCGAUAUGGAUCUUCUUAUCCUUCACCGUGAUCGUCUACAACAAAUACAUCCUCGACAAAAAGAUGUACAACUGGCCCUUCCCAAUCUCCCUAACCAUGAUCCACAUGUCCUUCUGCGCAACCCUAGCUGUUCUCCUCGUACGCGUCUUCAAAUUCGUGGAGCCGGUUUCAAUGUCACGCGAAGUUUACCUCUCCUCCGUCGUUCCGAUUGGAGCACUGUAUUCUCUCUCGCUAUGGCUAUCGAAUUCGGCGUAUAUCUAUCUCUCUGUUUCGUUUAUCCAGAUGCUGAAAGCGCUCAUGCCGGUCGCUGUUUACUCCAUUGGCGUUGUUUUGAAGAAGGAGAAUUAUAAGAAUGAUACGAUGUUUAACAUGCUUUCGAUUUCUUUAGGUGUUGGUGUCGCGGCCUAUGGUGAGGCCAGGUUUGAUACUUGGGGUGUCGUUCUUCAGCUGGGUGCUGUUGCUUUCGAAGCGACCAGAUUGGUUAUGAUUCAAAUCUUGUUGAAUUCUAAAGGCAUUUCGUUGAAUCCGAUUACGUCUUUGUACUAUGUUGCACCGUGUUGUUUGGUUUUCUUGUCUGUUCCUUGGAUUCUUGUCGAGUUUCCUGUUUUGAGAGACACUUCGAGUUUUCAUUUCGAUUUUGUCAUAUUUGGGACUAAUUCUCUUUGUGCGUUUGCUUUGAAUCUGGCUGUUUUUCUUUUGGUUGGGAAGACGUCUGCUUUGACCAUGAAUGUUGCUGGAGUUGUGAAGGAUUGGCUUCUGAUUGCGUUUUCGUGGAGUGUGAUUAAGGAUACUGUUACGCCCAUUAAUUUGUUUGGGUAUGGGCUUGCUUUUCUGGGUGUGGCUUAUUAUAAUCAUUCCAAGUUGCAGGCGCUUAAGGCUAAGGAGACACAGAAGAAAACUCCGCAAGGUGAUGAGGAAGCUGGAAGGUUGCUUGAGGAUAGGGAAGGUGAUGGGGCAGGGAGGAGGGAUGAUCAGCAGAGUUGA